UUCAAAUCAAACGGUUUUGUUGUGGCGCGGUUAACUGGUUAUUUCAUGAGUGAGCGUAUGCAGUAACUUGAUACAUUUUAAGUCGAUACAAAGACUAUUGCUUAGUUUAUUAGUGUUUUUAUUUAAGAUUGACUUGUUUUAUAUACAUUUUUCAUAAUGAGUGGACGUUUAGAAAAUCAAGAACUAAAACUUAUUACCUCUCAUUUACAUGAUAUAACUGAAGAAAGCAUCAAAGAACUCCAGACAAAUUGGAUUUCCAUUUAUGGAUCAACAGAUACAGACGCUAUUAAAGAAAGGUUGAAGACAGUGCAGGAUGAUCUGAAGAAAUUCUGGGAGGACCAAAUUGAGGAUGCGGUGAACACAAUGAAUCAUCUGGUAGUGAGAGUCGAAAGUUUGGCCAAGGAGGCAUUCAAUUUGGAGAAGGUACUGGGAUUACCAAGUAAUUCCACCUCUCAAAGUCUAUCAGAUGCUCCGUUAGUAAAGCUAGAAGACAAACUGAAAAAACUGGUCAGUUCUUACAAUGAAAUCAAGAAGGAACGUAUGAGAGAAUAUUUAGAACUGAAGGACCAAGAAAAUGAAUUGUGUGAAAUUCUGGGUGAGACACCACAGUUGUUAGACUACAAUAGCCCGUCAGACCAAACAUUCUCGGAGAACAAGAGUCCGAGAUCUUAUAUUCCGAAUGGAGAGGACGUAGCCGCAGCUGUCACCCGUAUUGAGACCCUGAGGAGCCGUCAGGUUGAAUUGGAGAAUGAGUUCGACAAGUUAAAGUGUGAACUUAAAACAAUAUUGGAAGAAUGUGAGAUAAGGCCAUUUAACAAGGUUGAGAAUGCAGCGUUCGGAUAUGAUGUAGUGUUUCCCUGCACUAAGAUGAACCUGGAAAUGUUGGUGGAGACAACUGUGGGCUAUCGGCUCGUAAGGGCUGACCUGUCUGCGAAAGCUAAUGAGCUCCGAAAUCAAAUAUCAAGUCUGUGGACAAAAAUGUUAAAAGAUCAAGACGAGUUACAAGAUUAUCUUGCAAUGUAUAAAGGCUUUACAAAUUCCACUAUUACACAGCUUGAAGAAAAGCUGAAGGAACUGAAGCUUGAGAGGAAAGAAAAGAUGAAGGAGCUUAUUCUUGCCAGCCGUGUCGCACUGGACGAGUUGUGGACAAGGUGUUGCUACACAGAUGAACAGCGUUCCCAGUUCAAGCCAUAUUACGUUAACCACUACAACGAGGACGUGCUUGACCUUCAUGAGCUUGAAGUUGAAAGACUUCAGUUCUUUUUUGAAGAGCACAAACAUAUCUAUCAACUGGCAGCUCGUCACGAGGAACUUUGGGAAAGACUUCUACAUCUAGAAGAGCAAGCUAAAAGGAGUGACCGGCUAUUCAAGAACCGAGGUGGCCAGCUAUUACUGGAGGAAAAAGAAAGAAAGCUUGUGCAAAAGAAACUGCCCAUUAUUAAAAAGGAACUCAUCUCUUUGCUUGAACAAUAUAAAAACACCACAGGCAGUGAUUUCCUAUAUUUUGGGGAACCAUUACUGGAGAUUCUUGAACAAAAAGAAGAAGAGCGGAAAGCAUCAAAAGAAAAUGAAAAACUGCAGAGGAAGGCCGCCAACGUGGAGGCAUUGCAGUUGGAGAGCCGGCUGGGUGCGCGGCCCGCUACAACCAUCGCCGGAGGCAAACGCAAAUUGUUGACACCUCAGUCCACUAACGUAAGCAACAAAAUAAUUAAGCUGUCGGCCCAUACAACAGGCAGUUCUGUCAACAGCACUGCCAGCUCCAAGAGCGCGUCUCACCACGGGCGGAAGCAGGUUAACCGGGAUGAAGCAGCUGCUUUACGCAAGCGAAUGCAGUCACCAUCACGACCAGGGUGUUCUGCUUUCAUGCCCCGGACACCUUCCAGUAAGACACCGGUCCCUAGAACACCUGCCUCAAAGACGCCUAUGCCGAGAACGCCUGCAGCUAGCGACCUAAAUAACGGUAGCCCAACAUAUGAGUCGUUUCAGGAGCACAUGAACACGAUGAGCAAUGAGGGCUGCUUGAGUUCCACGAAAGAUUUGGGCAAAAGUGUGUUAAGGCCGAGAAAUCUAAGAACGAGGGCUGAUUCCCCUAGAGUGACACCUUACAAGACCCCGUCCAAGACCCCAACCAAGAUCCCUUUCAGGAUUGCCACAGGGUCCAAGAUACCAAGUGUAGUGCCACCCAUCAGCCCAAGGAGUGCCCAUAAACUCACAGCAUCUCGAGUAAAACUCCCCAUUAUUUUUUAACUUGUCUAUUAUUCUGCCCUGUAAGGGAAUUGCAAUGUUUUUACAAAUUGUAUAUAUUUCAUCAGUUAACUUCCAUGUUUCUAUUUAUAUUAGACUUUUCAUUCUUGUUAUUUAACGUAUUAUAUUUUUAAGAUUUCAUAAUCGUUAUGUGUUUCAUUUGCAUCCGCUUCAAAGUUUUUGGAAUGUUUUUGCGGUUGUGUGCUUUAAUAAUUGUGCAUUAUUAAUCAAUGUAUAUACUAUUGAAUAUACUGUUUAACUUAUGAUAAAUAUGCAAUACAAAAUUUAAAUAACACUUGAUACAACUGUGCUUAAAAGUUAAAUAAUUAUAUCACUUAACAGUGUAUGUAUGUGUAAACUAUAUAACGUUAUUUGUAUUCUUGUAAGAGUAAAAGUAAUGUUUAAACAGUUUGGUUACCAACACAAAGUAAAUUUGUACUGUGUAAUUGUUGUUACUGUCUGGAGUGAUUUAAUGUUAAGAAAUUACUCAUUUUAAAUAAAGGUAACGAAGGUAAGGCUUUGAAAUCCGAUAUUUCCUCUUCAAUUUCUAUCCAAUGCUUUAAAUUUAAUCAUAACACCAUUCUUUAGUAAUAUUGUAUACAUUUUUUAGUAUGCUGUUAUGUGAGAUAAAUUCCUAAAUGAGCUGUACAUAUUUUGUUAUUAUUAAAAUAUUUUAUACUAA